UUGUGUGGAGAUGAUCGGUGGAGGAACAGAGGCUUCAAACUUAUUGUCACACAACCUGAGCUUCACCUUCACGGAGCUGGACUCUUUGUUUCUGUCGUUUCCAAUGGAGCAGAGAAGAGAUCUGACACCGCUGAUCUGCUGCUGCUGCUGGAUCCUCGUCAGCUCCGUGCUGGCCGCUGAGUGGACUCACGGUCACACCGAGGAUGAGCUCUUCAGGAGUUUGUUUGGAAGCUACAGCAAGUGGACGCGUCCGGCACGAAACAUCACCGACGUGGUCAUCGUCAAGUUUGGCCUCUCUAUCGCACAGCUGAUAGACGUGGAUGAGAAAAACCAGAUGAUGACGACCAACGUGUGGUUGAAACAGGAAUGGACAGAUUAUAAGCUGCAGUGGAGUCCCUCCGACUUUGACAACGUGACGUCCAUCAGAGUUCCCUCUGAGCUCAUCUGGGUGCCCGACAUCGUUCUGUACAACAAUGCAGACGGGGAGUUCGCCGUCACCCACAUGACCAAGGCCCAGCUGUUUCACACCGGCCGUGUCCGCUGGGUGCCGCCGGCCAUCUACAAGUCGUCCUGCUCCAUCGACGUCACCUUCUUCCCCUUCGACCAGCAGAGCUGCAAGAUGAAGUUUGGCUCCUGGACGUACGACCGAGCCAAGAUCGACCUGGAGCCCUUCGAGAACACCGUGGACCUGAAGGAUUACUGGGAGAGCGGAGAGUGGGCGAUCGUCAACGCCGUGGGCACCUACAACACCAAGAAAUACGACUGCUGCCAUGAGAUCUACCCCGACAUCACCUACUAUUUCGUCAUCCGCCGCCUCCCGUUGUUCUACACCAUCAACCUCAUCAUCCCCUGCCUCCUCAUCUCCUGCCUCACCGUCCUGGUUUUCUACCUGCCGUCGGACUGCGGCGAGAAAAUCACGCUGUGCAUCUCCGUGCUGCUGUCGCUCACCGUCUUCCUGCUGCUGAUCACAGAGAUCAUCCCGUCCACCUCGCUGGUCAUCCCGCUGAUCGGGGAGUACCUGCUCUUCACCAUGAUCUUCGUCACGCUGUCCAUCGUCAUCACCGUGUUCGUGCUGAACGUGCACCACCGGUCGUCCGCGACCCACACCAUGCCUCGAUGGGUUCGGAGGCUGUUCCUGUCCGCGGUGCCGCGCUGGCUGUGCAUGAAGCGUCCACAUCAUGGACUCAGGCCUGUCAGGCGGAGCCACCUGACUGAUAGGCUCCUCCCCGUCCGGACGCCUGGCCCCUCCCACAUCACAUCCACCUGGAUCACUGAGGAGUCUGACAUCGAUCUCCACGGCAACCAGGAUGACAACGGUUGCUACAGCAGCCACCAGCUGGACUCCUUGGAUAGCAGAAAUGAAAUUCACCACUGCGAUCUUCACGGUUACCCACACUUGGCGAGGUUCCGGGUGCAGAGGAUGCCUUCCCUGUCUCCUCCCUCUCUUGGUUACACCCUCCUCCCACAGAGACAGUCCACACUCAGCUUGGACUGGGACACCCCUCUUGUGGAGCGUGGUUCCAUCCAGACCCCACUGGCCUCUGUGGUGUCUCCUGCAGUGGCGUCAGCCCUGGAGGGGGUCACCUACAUCGCAGAGCACCUGAGAGCAGAGGAUGCAGACUUUUCAGUGCAGGAGGACUGGAAGUACGUAGCCAUGGUUGUAGACCGGAUCUUCCUGUGGAUGUUCAUUAUCGUGUGUCUGCUGGGGACAGUCGGACUCUUCCUGCCUCCGUGGCUCUCUGGGAUGAUUUAGAUCUAAAGAAUGAAUAAAAGUAAUGAAUGAUUAAUUCAGAGAAGGUGGACUGGUGUGUUCUGUGAGAAUAGAAAUGAGAGAUUUCAGUCACAAAAACUCACGCUUGUUAAGUUCCCUCAGGAGGAAGAGAACGUUUUUGAUCCAGUUUCCUUCUGUUUUUGAAAUUUGACAAAUGUGAUGCAACUCUCUCAGCACAUGUACAACUGGGAAUUUGCAGCAAAAAGAUAAAUGAAAAUCGGACCAUAAUUAAAUGUUGAAAAGAAAAAGGAAACUGAAAACAAAUUAAUAAAAAGAUAUAAAUGUAAAAUUGUGCUUCAGUUGUGCAACAGAAGUGGCAAUCAGACACAAUCAUACUGCACUUGGCAAUUUUGGCAUUAAAAGUAAUUCAUACUCUUACCAGCUGGGUGCAACAGUAUCACACAUGACUGAAAAAGAUGGCAUCACUCUCGGUUCGACACCAUCCAGUCAUUCAGUCGUACACAAUGGCCUUAUUUAUUUUUUGUGUUUGUUUCUCCUUUAGUUAAAGUUGUCAUGGAAAUUGUAUUAAAGCCACUGUACUGAUGAUGCAUAAUGAUAUUAUUUGGUGAAUGGCCAAAGAUUUCUUCCAGUUGGUGUCAAAAAAAUAAAUCCUCUUUGACUUUGAGUAGUUAUUUCAUGCUCAGAUGAGUAAAGCAGCGCCAUGUGGUUUCAUUCAACUGAGGAAUAUUCACCUAAAUCAGGUCGUUUUUAUCUCAUUUGAAAGGAAGAAGGUCACUGAAGAUCAUCCAUGUCUUUAUU